UAAAAUAAUUCAUCUGAGCAUCAAAGUGUGUGGUAGUGGGCCUGGCUGAGUGCUACAUGAUGGGAUGCUUCUGGUCAGGAUGGGAGAGGAUCUCCUCCUCAGUGCAUGACAUAUCACACUUGCCUUUUUUGAUGCCUCCAUCUUCAAUCUGAUGGCAUCAUUUUGCAAUAAACUUAUAAUAAAGCAAGUGAAAACUAUCAAUCCAGACAGUCAUCCAACAAGGACAGAAUUUGAAACAAUUCACCCACACUAAACCCAUUACUUAUUUAAUGAAUUGGCUUGAACUCUAUAGCCUGGCACAGGCAGACGCAUCCCACGUGUCUACCUGAGGCUGUCCUUCCGUUUUAUGGAGGCCUUGCAUAGUCGCCUGACGACUGGGGAGCAGUCCGGAGGUCAAGAGCAUUCUCAACCAGAGUCUCCUCACAGAGGUCCUCAGCCCAAGUCUCCCUCCCAGCACUGUCAGCAACAGCAAGCUGGCUCCCAGAAGACCCAUGACACAUCACAGCAAUCCAAACAGUCUAGAAGACAACAUCCUGAACGCAAACGUCUCAGGCACCAGCGGCAGAGUAUUGAAACAGAUACAGCGCUGGAAGGUAAACAUGCUGAUGCACCAACAACCACAAAAACAACCAGGGUACCUUGUUUGUCUCCAGGAGCCCCAGCUUCCUCAGCUGUUGGUUCCACCCAGACUAACCAAGAAACCCAGGAGGGCACCCCAAAACAGAAACGAGAGCGCAAGCCUCAGAGGCCUGGCAAAUAUGUUUGCACUUACUGCGGACGUGCUUGUGCAAAGCCCAGUGUCCUUCAGAAACAUAUCCGCUCCCACACUGGAGAACGUCCUUAUCCUUGCGCCCCAUGCGGCUUCUCAUUUAAGACCAAGAGUAACUUGUACAAACACCGCAAAUCACAUACCCACAGGGUGAAGGCAGGUUUGGUGUUUGGGGAGCCAAGAUCAUUAGAGGAACAUGUCACAGAGUCAGAGGAUGAAACCAGACAGUUAUCAUCAGCAUCUUCCAAUAUGGAAAGACAAAGCAGUGUAGCCUCCCUCAAGAGCCAUGACACAGACAGGCCCAAAGAUCACUCUGGAGGGAUGGAUGACUCCUAUGCAGUAAAAAAGAGACUGGCCAUGCGUCUAAGCAGAGGGAAGCAUGGUCCUCUUGACUCAUCUGAUGAAAAGACAUCAUCAUUAAUUCUAGGGAGUAGGGGCAGCACAGAAUCUGGUUAUUUCUCCCGCUCUGAAAGUACUGAGCAGUCACAGGACAGCCCACCAAACACAAGUGCCAAAAGCUAUGCAGAGAUCAUCCUCGGAAAAUAUGGGCGCCUUGGACAACUGCAGAGGAUGUCUCGUCACCAUAACCAGCAGCCCUCGGGUCAGGAGGAGAAAAAUAUCCCAUUCUCAGUGCCCAAGAAACAGGUCAUUGACCAUAUCACAAAGCUUAUCACGAUCAAUGAGGCAGUAGUGGACACCAGUAAGAUUGACAGUGUGAAGCCACGGAGAUUCUCCCUCUCUAGAAAGAGUAGUACAGAGUCUCAGAAGGGUUCAUCUAUGAAAGAACCUGUUAUACACAGUCCCAAAGCAGGGGACUUGGGCUAUAAAAACAGCGGUUCCAUCACUAUGGGGGUUCCAUGUGAAAAAUUUCAUCAUCAGUCUCUAAAUGUGGAACCACUGGCUGGCCAAACAUCUAUUGCCCCUUUGCUGAGAAGUCACUCUAUGCCAUCUGCUGCUAGUUCAAUAGAUGCCUCCAGUGGCAGCUCCAAUAAAUUCCGCUUAAGUCAAUCAUUUGAUGAACGGCAGUCUUCCCGUCGCUAUGGGAUGCUAAGACGUCAGCCAGCAAUUGAAAUACCACUUGCUGGUGAACUUCCUAAAGAGGAACAUCAGAGUUCACACUCAUUUUACCAUGACAGCAUAACCACCGUGCCUGACCACAAGCAAAGCAAACCAGAGCCAUAUGAGUGUGAGGCAUGUGGCACUGGAUGCAAAGAUUGGGAAGGUUAUAAGACACACAAGCAAAGCUCAUGUUUAGCACAUCAUCCUGUCAAUGCAAGUGAGGUAGCAAUUAGCCAAAUGGACCGCCCGCAAUUAAUUAACCAUCCAGUCAGACCAGGACCUUCAGCAAUGCGCAAGAGAAGGAAAGAGGAGAGUUUUGAAUUUGAUGACUCUUCCUCUCUUGUUGCAUCUUCUUCACCAUCUCUUGCCUUCUCAUCAGGACAGUGUAUAGAGGAAAGCAAAGUAGCUUAUGAGGGGCCCAGACGACCUACGCUGCAAACUUGUUCAGUUAUUCAACAUACUAGUUCGUUUGAAAAACAGGAGACUUUGUGCACUGAGAAUCAAGGCACUGAGGCAGGAAAAGGCUCUCCACCUCAUGAGGAAUAUAAGUCAGCACCUCAAAAACAACCUCAGCAGCAGUCAUCAAAGCCAACACCCCGAAAGCUUGUCCGCCAACACAACGUACUGGUUCCAGAAAUACUGGUGACAGAGGAUUCAAACAUGAAUGCCGAGUCCUUGACAGAGCUAACCUCCACAUCAAAACAAUCAGAGAAACUUGACGAAUUUCAGUGGCCACAGAGAAGUCCUUCUCUGGCCCAGCUCCCCAUUGAAAAGCUUCCUCCUAAGAAAAAGCGCUUACGCUUAGCUGAGGCAGCCCAGUCCUCCGGGGAGUCCAGCUUUGAAUCUAUAUCCCUGCCCCGCAGCCCUAGUCAGGACAGUAGUGCAUCUUAUGCAUCUAGCCGUUCUACAUCCUUUGAAGAAUCAAAUAGACUAGACAUGGAGAUAGCAACAUCAACAACACCAUUGAGGAGAUCAAGGGCUCCUCACAUGUUAACUGUCCCUGGGGUGCAUCAGCACAGGGAGAUGAGGCGCUCAGCCUCUGAGCAGGCACCUCAUGACCCCCAGCAGGGUAUUCUAAUGGCAGAGACCCGCAGCAAAUCCUUUGACUACAGCUGUCUGUCCCCAGAGCGCUCUGCAGUUGGCUGGAGAGAAAGGAGAAAAUGUCUCCUUAUGAGACACAGUGCUGUCAGAGAUCCAGAAGAGGAGGAGGAGGACCAAUCUAGCAAACCCAACCCUAGUCUUGACCCCGUCAGCCCCACUACAUCAUCCCGUGCAAGCCCAAGUGGUGUACACUGUAGUAGGUCCUCUUGUAGUCCUUUAUCAGGUGAUACAGUGUUAUGUAAUCCUACACAAUCAACAUGCAAAGAGCUCUUUUCUCAGUGGAAACUCAAUCAAAAUAUUCAGUUAACAGGUAGUACAGAUUUCCCACUUUCUCAUAUUCCAUCUGUUGGCCCUUUAAAAGAAGUGGCUUCGCAUGUUCACACAGGGCAGCCCCCUGGUGUCUCUCUGCAGCUCCCUCAGCCGUAUUCUGCACAGGGCCCAUCAGGGGCAGCCAGGGCUCACUACCUCCCAAUGUCCACAGGGCUGAAGUUAGAGAUCCCUUCACAACGACAUGAUGAAUAUGCUGGGGUUCGACUGAGUCCCUCUCAUAUUCAGCACUCUCUCCCUAGCAUCACUUCCAGCCCAGAGUUAGUGCGGCCCCCCACAUCUCCAGCAGUAGCAGUUCGUCUCCAGACAGACACCCUCACUCCAGCCUGUGCCAUAUACACUACAUUGUCUCAGACAACCCCACCUAGUCCUCAGGAGCCUAUAGAUGCUGGUUCACACAACACAAGUGUCUUAACAUCUGAAUACAUAAGUCAUAGUGACAUAAAUCCAGACAUUCAUCAGUGGUCUGUGGAUGGGCUAAGGUCAUCGAGCUCAGGGGGCAACAAGCGGAUGCUUUCACCUUCAAACAGUAUAGAGCUCAAUCCCGAGUCACAACAGCAACAGAAGAGAGUGAAGGAAGAAGAGGAGAGGGAGGAGAGGUGUGUUGACAAGUCACUGGUGGACACAUCAAACAAGGUGGACAAAAGGGAGAACCAGUCAUGUCUAUCCAGUGUUUCUUCACCCAUCAGACAUAUAAGACCUUCAUUCCCCAGUCUGCUGUCCAGCACCUGUAACAGCUGGUGCUAUCUGAACUACAUUAAGCCAAACCCAUCUACUCUGGAUGAGCAGAAGCCCUCUGUGUAUUCGUCCUGGUCCAUCAGUGGCUAUGACCCCAACCCUCCUGGACUCUCCAGUAAGACAGCUCUAUCCCUGCUGCACUGCAAGCAGAGGCUCAGUCCCUCCAUCUACACUAUGUCUCCCAUGUCAGUGAGCACCCCUGAGUCAAUGGAGCCAGACGACAGCAAAAGACCAUGUUCUACUGAGGUCCUCAUCUGCCAGUCAUACCGCAAAGACCAUGAGGAAACAAGGGAGGGACAUCACUCAGCAAAGGACAACAGGUCAAAUAAGGGAGAGGAGGAAGAGGAUGAAAAACAGCAAGAAGAGGUGCAGUCAUCCUGCAGAUAUAAACAACCUCCACAAGUUUGGAUCUUAGAAGGAGGAUCAAAUGUGAAGUACGGCUUUGCCCAACGUGGAGGUGGAGGGAAGUACGAAUGUGAGGACUGUGGAUUCCACUGUAAGAAUCCCAGCGCGACACAGAAACACACCCACCUGCACACAGAAUCCACACCUCCUGUCUGCAGACAAUGCAACUUUGCUUCUAAAGCCAAAGAUAACUUCAAUAAAAACAGGAGGUCUAAGGCACAUAAGGCACAUGGGGAGGAAUCCUGUUAUUCCCCAGAUGACAUUGAUGAAGGUGCCUGUGAGGACUCCUCCGCUCAUCCAGAUGAACAAAAAGCACGUAAACACUCAGAUCUGGGGGGAAGCGGGCACGCCGAUGACAGCAAUGAUAAGAACAAGAAACAUGAUGGGGGCCAAAAGUCCAAGUCCUCUCAUAGCCCUGGCACUGCUUCCUCUCACCAUGAGAAACCUGCUGAUCCAGGAGGCCAGAUCCGGGAGCCCGAACCCAGCCAGUCCCUUACCCUGACUCCCAAGGAUCCCACACAGAAGUGUGUGGCGGGCUCGGCCAGCGCAAGAAGAGCCCUCUUCGCCCGUCGACACCUCCAGCCAUCAACGUCGGCACCCUCGAGGGGCCCGUCAUCUCCAAGCAGUCAGUCCCCGAGGAGAGAGUCGUCUCCACCUCGUAGCCCUUCGCCCAGGCCUCACCAGCCCCCUCCGUCCUCACUUUCCCCAUCUGGGUGCCAUGUCUCCUUGUCCCCACUGAGACCCAUCUCCCCUGUACGAGGCCUUUCUCCUGUUACACUCCAGUCCCACGGCUCGGGGUCCUUGGGGCCCUCAAGCUCCUAUACAGCCACCUCUGCUCAGAAUCAAAUCUGUCUUCUCCCGAGAGGCCGAGCAGCCACAGCGAGGCUGUCUGUGGAUGACACUGGUCCGACCCACUUCACCCUUCAUCCCGGUCAGCCUCGAGGGGCCCUCAAGGUCCUGAGCCACCUUCCUCUCCACUCCCAGCAGCCAACCAGGGCCCCAAGCCUCAUGAUUCCCAUCGGUGGGAUUCACAUGAUUCAGCCCAGGUCCGCCCUUCCUCUGUACAGCCUGGUGAGCAGCCCCACCCCAACCCAGGCCAACCCGUCCCCUGCUGGGACAGAGCAAUCCCAGAGACCUGCUGACAUCCCAGCGGGUCGGCUUCUUCUGCUGCAGCGCCAAGAUACUCUCAAAGAGACUGGACCGUGCAGCCAGGCCAGCCCGCCGGGCCACAAAGCACCGGGGGAAACGUCUGGGAGCGGCCGGCUGACCGGUCUGCCCGGCAGGAACGGCUCACGUCGAGAAUGCUUUGGCCCCCAAGAGCCACUGGGCCCCGGGAAAGAGACGAAACCGUUGCCUUCGGACGCCAAGGCAAGCACUUUGCACCAGGAGGCUGCAGAUGCACAUGCUACACAAAGAUGUGUUUACCCCCAGACCGCCCAAGGCCAAAAGGCUCCUUCCUCCCAGACACAACUCUGAUAGGAGGGAAAUCCUUAAGGGACAGUGCAAAAGACUUCAAUCUGGGAACUAGAGGUUGUAGAUACAAAAAGUAAUGAAAAAAAUAAAUAAAAUAAAGUAAAAUACUGAAUCGCACUCUGGUUUCUAGACUGAGGACAAAAGGAAAGAGCACUUCAGCACCGCUUCUGAAUGACGCUAUUAUGUAAUUAUAUGAAUAAUAUAUAGACACUAUGUUAGAUAUGCAGUAUGUUUUGUAAAUCUUUUUUUACCCUCUUGUUUGAUGUCAUUGGUGUUAACUUAUUUAUGUGCUAUUAUGCAAUUCUGUACUAUAAGCAAAAGCAGCUGGAAUGAAAAUAGACAAAGGUUUUAUUCAGUUCACUUUUUCCCUAUUAACCCCUUUAACAGCUAUAAUAUACUAUUGCUGUGUUAAUGUACUGUAUGACCAAAAUUGAUAUAGAAAGGUACUACAAAUAUUUAUUCACCCUGACCAGUAUUUUGAAGUGCAAUUUCUGUCAAGAUUGUGGUUUGAAAUAUCAUUCUUAAAGGCUGUGAUUUAUUUGAUUUUUUAUUUUUUUAUUUCUUUUUUUUUUGUCAACUAUUUUUUUUUGUUGUUGUGUUGUUGUCCUCUUUUUGUGUUUGAGGAAGCAGGAUUUGGGAUCAUCUGCUUUUCUAAUAUCUUGAUAAAGUGAAGUUUCUGUUCAAGACAUUCAGAGUGCACUGACAAAUGAUUUCAUAUCAAGGGGGAAACCUGUUUCACAUACAUGGUAGCUACGGUACAAUUUUUUUCAGAAACAGAUACAUGUAUUUUUGUGUUGUUGCUUUUAUAAAUGAUACAAUCACUGUCAUUUUCAUGUUUGCCAUUCAACUUCUCAUUUUACAG